AUGACCCUCUCACGAACUGCCACCAGCCGAUCCAACCACAGCCGGCACUCGAUAAAAAGCUCUCAUUCCCAUCCCAAGUCACACUCACAGCUACAAUCGCAGGAACUUCCCCCAGUCACCAAGACUGAGUCGUUCGAAGCGGCUGCUGCAAAGGCCAGCAAGGGAGAGGACAGUGGAGGUCCAGAUCCGCUGCUGGGUUUCCUAAACCACCUAUCACCGCAGCAGUCAGAAGCGCUGACAAGCUUCAAAUUGGUCUUGAAGGAGGAACAACUAUAUACCGAAGCGCAUGGUGGAGCUCGUGCCAGCCAUGAUGAUUCUACUAUGCUGCGAUUUCUUCGCGCGCGUAGAUUCGACGUGCAGGGUGCCCUAGAUCAGUUCCGGAACACAGAAGAAUGGCGCAAGACGAAUCAGAUCGACGCGUUGUACCGGAAUUUCGAUAUUGAUUCAUAUGAAGAUGCUCGCAGAGUGUAUCCUCAAUGGACCGGCCGGCGAGAUCGUCGUGGGAUCCCCAUAUACGUUUACGUGAUAAAGGACCUAAACAGCAAGAACAUGGCAGCCUACUCGUCCAACGCCUCAGCGGGCAAAACAUCCGCAACCCACACCUCCUCCAAAGUACCCCCACGAUUACUCCGUCUCUUUGCCCUGUACGAGAACAUGACCCAGUUUGUGCUACCGUUGUGCAGCGAUCUGGGGCGUCCCCACCCUGAGACUCCAGUUGUGAACACGACGAAUAUCGUGGACAUUUCAGGGGUGGGACUGAAGCAGUUUUGGAAUUUGAAGGGUCAUAUGCAGGAUGCGAGUGCCUUGGCGACAGCGCAUUAUCCGGAGACUUUGGACAGGAUAUUUAUAAUCGGAGCCCCCGUCUUCUUUCCUACCGUCUGGGGCUGGAUCAAGCGCUGGUUCGACCCUGUGACAACGUCAAAGAUCUUCAUCCUAUCCGCAUCCGAAGUGAAAUCCACCCUCAGCACCUUCAUAGAACCCUGCAACAUCCCAAAGCAGUUCGGAGGGGAGCUGGACUGGAAUUGGGGCGACAUGCCGUCACUCGAUGAGCCGGCGAAAGAACUUGCAGGCAUCUUGACACGCGUUGGAGAACGAGGUGUAAACGAUGUCUCCGCCACAGGCCUCACCACGCCCGCCAUCGGGGAUACAAGGAGGGAUUUCGUCAAGGGACCUGUCGUGUGGAAUAGCGAAACUGCGGAGAUUAUGGGGAGUGUGGAUGGGGCAGAUCGGAGGAGGGCUAUCACUCUUCCGAUGAAGGAACAUAACCUAGGUGAUGACGGAUUUAGAGCUAGAACUACAGGUGUUGAAGCGCUUGCUGAGAAAGGGGGAGUGGUGAAUGGUGAUGGGGGCGGAGCAAACACAGAUUCGGCCACCGCGGCGGGCCUUGCUUCUGUGGAAGUGGACAAUGAAAAGGUUCCUGUACCGGCGCCUGCACCGUCUAAUAAAGUUUCGCCAACACUACGACUGCGUGAAAAUCUCUAA